ACCCUGAAGGAGCAUCUGGACGAGAGCAGACGCAUCUGAAGGGAUGAGCUCCGGCAUGGCUGGCGCCAACACGGAGCAACCCGCUGGCACAAGGCGGAACAGGACGAGCGAGGCCGGCCCCGCAGCGAGGCGUGCCUCCAGAGCGACAGACACCAACACCGAAGAGCGAGUUGCCGUCUGGGAUGUGGUGGCCGCCUACGUACAGGAGCACCUCCUGGUGCAGAAGGGGGUCUGGAUUCCCACCUUCGGCUCAUUCGACACCAUCUCUAAAGACAUCAGGACUGCGGACGGGACCGUGACUCUGCGGUGGCCCGUGUUUCAGCUGGCCAGGAACCUCAGAGCCAUGCACCACCUCGGGUCCGACAAGGACUCCCUGCCAGCCCAUAGGGAGGUGGAGACCCUGAAAUACAGCGAGGUGGCUGCCGCUGCCUCUGUGACCUGGCAGAGAGGGAAGACCUGCAUCCAAAGCACCGUGUCCCUCCUCUCCAACUGCCUCAAGAAUGGGGAGAACGUUGCCUUUGUCCUGAAAGACAUAGGAGUGCUCCUCUUUGAAGGCAUGAGCUUUGGAAUUAAAUACUAUUACGACUUCCUUGAGAAGCUCUCCGGGAAGGAGAAAUUCAGAAAAGUUGUUUUCAAGGCCCCCUGGCUGCUGGACACGCUGGUGUCCCGGGUGGCACCGGUGGCCUCCCUGACGCACUCUGGCCGCCUCGUCGUCUUCCCCAUGUUUCAGAAGCAGGUUGCACCCAAACCACCGCCCAGGAUAUUCCGCAAGGCCUCCGGAGAUCUCCAUGGUGAGGGGAAGCAAAAGAAAGAAGGGGCUUUGCCACCUCUUGUCCAGGGCAAGAAAGUGAGGUUUGCUGAAGUGCCAACGUACAUCAGACGCUUCAGCGUUGCAAGUACUGCUGGACAAAGCUCAAGAAGCAGAAGAAGCUUACAGCAGGAGAGCUUUUCGUCCAGGUGAGGCUGGAGGCUCUGGGCUGGGAUCAGCUCACAGGGCUGGCCCCU